CCCAUUUAUUUUAAAAUCAGACCCCUUAGCGCCGCUCCUAACAUAUCGGCCUCCUCUACGCCGCCGCCUCUCUCUUUCUACACCAUACCUCCACCGCUCCUUCUCCCUCUUCCUUUCCAGCUCCCCGAUCGGCUCGGCUUCCUCUUGUGGCUCCUCCUCCUCCGGUUGUCCACCGAAUCUUCUCGGCUUUAACUUGUUUUCGAUGGGGCAUACAAGCAAAGACCUUUUGCAGUUGGAGAUCAAGAAUUCCUCCACCUCCCCAUUAGAGUCUACGCUUCUUGUUUGCAAAAAAGACUCGGUCUCUCAACCCCAGAAACCCCUCCCUCAUGGAAAGCCCAUCACAGCCCCUCUUCCCAAAAGCGGAGUUUUGGGAAAAGUUAAAGACUUCUUAGGAGUGAUAUCAGAAGAUAAUGAAAGGCUUCAGCUUGGUGCAAAGGGCAAUUUUGAGAACUGUGAUAUUGAAGUGCUCACUGGAAAUGAAUCUGAAAUCAUUGAAAUGGAUUUGAUGCUUGGUGUUGCUGAUCUUCAUACCCCUGAGGCUGUUGCUGCUGCUGAAUCUGCAAUUGCUGGGUAUCAGUCCAUAAUUCCAUUGGCUGCGAGCAGUAGUGAAACAGAUUCGGAAGAUAGCAGUGAUAAUGACAGUGAUGAUGACGACAUAGAUGAUGACAACGGUGAUAAUGAUGCCGAGAAAAGAUGCACUCAUUUGAAACUCAAAAGGUCAAAGUUUGGUCGAGAUAAUUCUUCGAGCGAAGAUGUCACUCGGUCAGAAAAGCGACCUAAGAUUGUUGAGCUUUCAUGAAAACUUUCAAGUGAAAGAAGUCGGGAUCCAGAACUGAUGUUGUGAGAUUUCUUCUAGUUGGAGUACUACGAACAGCGAGGGUGGUGGUUGGAAGCCGUAAGUUCUUGUUUUAACAUGUAUGGUGAAGGACAUUAUAUAAGGUCAAAGAAGACAAAGAUCCCAUGUACUACAAGCAGGUAGUUUUUCACAUAUGUUCUAAUUUAUAUGCCCUUGUUAAUUUUGCUUAGAGCCGGAUUGAAAUUGCGUUGAAAGAUAGAACUUUAAUAAUAAGGUAAAUAUAGAUGCUUAUUUUUCA